UUGGUAAAUAAUUUUUUUUUAAAUAUAUUAAAUUUCUUUCGUGAUUUUGAAAAAAAAUUUUCAAUAAAAAAUAAUUUGUUUGUGAAAAUGAAGAAUUUUUAAAAAAUUCAUUUUCAAGACCAUGAUGUGACAAUUUUUUUUUUUGGGGGGGAGUUUUUGUGUGACGCGCCAAGUGCUUUUUCGACUCUUUUCCAACAUCCGAGGAGAAUGUGAAUCGUUCUAAAAAUACAUGUACAUAUACAAGCGACGAGUGUUUCUGGUGACAAAAAAAUAAUUAAAACUAAUUUUUUCUAAAAAGAAAAAUAUAUAUAUGGACAAAUAAGUGAAGUUCAAAAAAAUAAAAGUUAGUGAAUAAUUUCAAAAAAAUUAGAAUACAGUGCCAAUGAUUUUGCUUAUGAUUAAAAUUAAAAGAAUGAAGAAAUGGCCAACAUAAAAGUUGCUGUGAGAGUGAGGCCUAUCUCAGAACGCGAAUUGAAUUUCACUGGUUCAAAAAUUGUUGUUCGGGCACAAUCCAAUGAGAUAUCAUUGACAAAUUUAAAGGUUUCAUCAUGGAAAACUGGAGAUAGUCGUGAACGUAUUAAAACUUAUGGCUUUGAUUAUUGUUUUGAUUCAUCAAAUUCAGAAACGGAAAAUUAUGCAACACAAUCGAAAAUUUACGAGACCCUUGGAGAAUCGGUUCUCGAUUCUGUAUUUGCCGGAUAUAAUGCUUGUCUGGUGGCAUAUGGUCAAAGCUCGUCGGGCAAAACAUAUACAAUGAUGGGAACCAAGGAUGAUCCAGGGCUCACUCCAAGAUUAUGUAAAGGAAUUUUCAGUCGAAUCGCUCAAGAAGAAGGGAAUGACAAGACCUUUCAAGCUUCCGUGAGUUAUUUGGAGAUUUACAACGAAAGGGUCAGGGACCUCUUGAAACCAACAACAAGUGCCGGUGGACUAAGAGUUCGCGAACACCCUCGAUUGGGUCCAUAUGUUCAAGGUCUCACGCGUCACAAAGUCUCCAAUCUGGGGUCGUUGAUGUCUUACGUGGAAGAGGGUAUCAAAGCAAGAAAAACAGCAUCAACUCUACAGAAUCCAAGUAGUAGUCGUAGUCACGCAUUGCUUACGGUUUCUCUUUCAUCAGUUUCACAAAACGGUCAUUCAACAUCAGCAAUUACUGCCAAAGAAAAGGAUUUUCAUCGUGGCAGUAGAUUACAUUUGGUCGAUCUGGCGGGUAGUGAAAGCGCAGCCACGUGCAGUGGAAUUAAUCGACUAAAAGAAGGAGCUAAUAUAAACAAAAGUUUGGUGGCUUUGGGUAACGUAAUAUCAGCUUUAGCUGAAAGAGGAUCCAGUGGGAACGUUCCUGGCAGAAGAUUCAUACCUUACAGGGAUUCAUCUCUCACUUGGCUCUUAAAAGAUGCUCUUGGGGGAAAUGCAACAACAAUUAUGUUCGCUACAAUAUCGCCAGCGAGUGGGAGUUACAACGAAACCGCUCAUACACUACGUUUUGCCCAGAGGGCGCAAAGUGUGGUUAACAGACCUGUGGUCAACGAAGAUCCCAUAGCGAGAAUUAUACGUGAAUUGAGAUCCGAGGUUGCAAGACUUAAAUCAUUAUUACUCGAGAAAGAGUUAGAGGGAGUUACAAAGCCAUCGUGCAGUUGUGAACAUAAUUUGGAACAAGAGUUAGAGAAAGAAGAUCAAAAGGAUGAUGAAUUGGUGUCCCCUUUGAAACGUAUAUCAUCGUCCCACCUUCUUGGUGAACCAAAGGAGAUUAUCAAGUCGUCUAUCAGGAGGUAUAACUCGAAUGAAAGCCUAGUGACACGUGAAUCUAGACACUCGAAUUCUAUCAGAAGGUGCGGUUCCUUUGAAUCAAUCAGUCCAAGUAUAUCCUUUGCUAAUGAAGGAAGAUCCUAUCGUCCAGAACUAUCUGAAUCGCUCAAUUACCAAGUCAACGAGCCUGUCUUCGUCGAUAUUCCAACAUUAGUGGCCGUUUUGAUCAAGCCAGAGAAUUCUUCUCAUGUGCACUCGACACAAAUUGAAGAGGUCUAUAGUGAUGGACUAUUGGAUGGAUUAAUCGAUACAAAACUCAUUCAAGAAACUCACUCUAAACAAGACUUAUCAAAAAAUAAAAAUUACAAUCAAUUUAGUGAUAAUUCAAUAAUAAAUACCGAAAAUUUAAAUAUAAUUGAUGAAUUACAAAUUAAUGAUCCACUUUUCUCUAAAGGCAAAGACCAAGAUUUAACCGAAUUUACUGAUGGUCAAGAAAAUUUUUCUAAUUCAGCAGACAAUCAUGAAAAUGUUCCAAAUAACAACGAAUUAGUGAAUAAGGAAAUAUUAAAUUCAAGAGAACAUUCUAAUUUUGAUGUUAAUAGAAAACGUAAUUCCAAAGAUUUAGCAUCACUUCCAUUAAAACAUACAAAAAAGGAGAAAUUCAAUAACUUUGAACGUACAAAUAAGGGAAAAUUAAGAAAACAGGAUUCAGUUGAUACGACAAAGAAAUUAAAUAAUCUCACCGCCUCAAAGAUUUUUGGUUCGGUUGAUGGUCUUUCAAAAAAACAAGAAGAACCAAAUUUAGUUCAACGAGCACACACAAAUCUUGAGAAAUCAAAAAGAUUGAAUAAUAUCAAAGAAGUUGAUGAUCGAAGAACCACUAAAACCAAUAGCCUUUGGAAGGGUUUAGGUACAAGUCCUCAACGAAAAUGGAGUAAUGAUUCUGAUCGAAGUCUAAAAGAAUCACACAAAACUAAAGCAUCAUUACGAAAAUACAGUGUUGAUGAUCUUAAACGUAAAACAAGUAAAGACAGUAGUUCCAGUAGUUCCAAGGAAGAUCAAUUAAUUUCCCCAUUAGCGAAGGGUAAUUAUUCAAGAAAGAGUUCAUUUUCAAGAGGCUCUGAUCAGGACAGGCCUCAUACUCCAAUUCAAAGAAAUCGAAGAGCCGAAAUUGUGGCAGCAGUGACUGAAAGACUUUAUUCCAGUGGUAAGAGAUCCGAGGAGGGAACUGGUGCAACAACACCAGCUUCGGAUUAUCGAUCACCGGAAAGUACAGACGUUAAAUUAGCUGCUGUCACUAGAAUGCGUUUACAGGAAAUCUCCAGAAGAAUGUUGGCUAAACGUAGAAAAAUUUCUGCCGAUACACAAACUGAUAGUGCACAAACAGUUAGAGUUAAAGAUAAAGCCUCGCUCACUGAUAAACCAAAAAUUGAAUUAAAAGACGCUGAAGUAUUAACGGAUAAACAUGAAAUUUGUGAAAGAUUAAUUGACGGUUCACAAGUUGUAAGAGUCAAGGAAAUAGCAACUCUCACUGAAAAACAAAAAUCCCCAACAAUUAGAUAUAGAGAUGCGGGAAAUAUUACUGACGAUUAUGAUGAAGAUUUUGAUCUUCAUUCACCACGCAAUGAUUCUGGUAUACUAUCCGAUGAUACACAAAAUUAUGCAGAUAGCAAUAUUUCUGAUUUUGAUCAUGAAACAAAAAGAACUGAAUGUUCGACAAAUACUGCUGCUGAUAAUAAUGGUGUUGAUCGUGUUGCACAAACACGACGGGAGGAUUUAUUCUUAAAAUCAAAAGAAACACAUUGUUGUUGUAGACCCCAAGAAUGUUGUUCCAAAUCACAUUCUAGUCAAAUUAAAAGUCAAAUUGAAAACAGUCAUGAACAUAGUCAUAGUCAAAAUAUCAAUAAUCUAAUUCAAAGUAACAAUUGUCAAAAGCAAACAUGUACUGAUAAAAGUGUUAUAUCAAUUAAUUUACCCGAUAUGAUUAAUAUCACAAUAGAGUCACCGAAUAUUUUAGAAUCAAGAAUUUCCGUUGAAGACGAAAAUGAAUUGAGGACCAAUUGUCGUGAUUGUGAAGUGCAGACUGAUGAAAGAAGUUUUCUUGAAAGGGAUCUAUUGACUGAGGACAUUAAUCUAAGACCAAACAUCAGUCAAACAGAUGGACGGACAUUUAGAAUAGAAAAUAUAUUUCCAGAGUCUAAAACAAUUAGAAUAAAUCCUGAUUCGCGAAUUACACCUAGAAUAAGAAUAGUAUCUAAUAUAGAGGGAGAUCCAUCUCGUUCUGUUAUUUUGACCAAAUCAAUUGCAACUUCUGCCACUGGACCAAAAAGAUGUUUAAAUUAUCAAUCACCAUUAAAAUCACUUCGUAGGAGAUUGUCAUUUAUCAGAGAUAGAUCAUUUAUGGACAAUUAUCUUUCAAGACGAAGUCGAAGUUUCAGUCCACAUCGUAGAACGCGUUCAGAGGAGGGAAUUGUAAAAAAUUGGACAAGAUAUCCUUCUUCAGAGAUAAUACAACGAUUGAAUCCAGUUCAAGAAGUUUUAUUGGAGCGAGCUAGGGAAGGUUAUUUAUUUUCAAGAUCCUCACGAGAAAAUGAAAUUUGGAACAAUAUUAGGCCAUUGAAUCAAUAUUUCACAACUUCGCCAGGUGAGAUGAAUUUAUUUGACGGUAGACAAUUACAAACUCUAAAAGUAGAUGAGAUAAGAAAAGAUUCCUAUUUUUCUGAUGAUAGUUUAGAUUUAACAGAGGAGAAAUUUUGUGAUGAUGAUAAAAUUCUUGAAAAGGGAAAGGAUCCCUGUCAACCUGAUCUUGUUGCUCAUACUAAGGAGAAUUCGAAAAUUAAUGUUCCCGAUGCAAUGGAAUCUAUUGAUGCCGCCAAAAAGAAGAGAGUAUCUUUUUCAACGUCAAAUAUUGUUGACGGACAGAAUACAGAUUCAAAACUUUCACUUACACCUAAACCUAUUAUUAAGAAAAAGAGUGAUGAUGAGAAUCAUCAACAAAAUGUUAAUGAGGAAAUUUCUGUAAAUGAAGAUGCAAAAAUUCCAAUAGACAAUGUUCAGGAAAAUGUAAUUGGCAAUGAAGACGUUUCAAUUGAAAAUGAAAAUAAAUUCACAGAUGAACAAAAUUUUGAUGAUCAGGAUGCAAUCGAUUGGAAUUCGAUUAAGAAAAAGGAUUUGAAUGAUGAACAACAGAAUUUAAUUCAAAAUGUGAUUCCUAGGGAUUUGGAGACACAACCUGUGGAAAUAGGUAAAAAUGAUUCGAUAUUAUUUGAGGAUCAUCAGGAUAAUGAGGAAUUAGUGAAACAUCAAGAAACUAUGAAUCAAAAUCCCAUUCAGAAAGAUAUUCAAGAUUCAUUUAAAGAAGACCCAAUGGAUGAGGAAAAUUCGAUGAAUGAUGAAAGUUUGGAUGAAAAUAGACCGAAAUUGAAAAAUCAAAGGAAUAUUUUACAAGACUAUUUGGAUGAGGCAGUGACUUUUAUUCGUAAUGUACAUUCUGCAAAUGAUUAUGCAACUGCUACAAAUUUUUUGAAAAAGUAUUUAAGAACAACAAGACGUCCAAGACGAUUACUAAAUAAAAAUAACGAUUAUAUAGAAUAUGCAGGUCAGAAAAUAAGUCUAAAAGAUGAUACAGAUCAAUAUUUAAUUGAUGAUGAUAUUGAAAUACCCAAUAAAGCUUAUGAAAAAUGUCUUCAGGGAAUUGAAAAACUUGAAAAAUGUAUUGAAAAAGUCAAAGACCAUGAAGAUUCUCUAAAGGAAAAAUAUGGAAUUGGACUUGAACCUGCUGGUGCUAAACUUGUUUUAGCAAAUUCCAAUCAGGAUUUAUUGGAAUUUCUUGACCAUCAAUGUGAUAAUAUUGUGGAUAGUGACAAUAUUUUGGAUUCUGAUCAUGAGGAGAAUCUCGAUAUCAAUCAUGAUACUUAUCUUGGUACAAAUCCUGGAAAUCCAACAUACAAUUGGAGUUAUCACAAUACCAAUGAUGGUGGAUUACGAUAUGGUUCAAUUCCUAGAUCUCAAUUUUCAAAUAUUUCUAAACCACAAAUUGGAAAUCAAUAUAGAUCACAAUUUGGAUUAAAUUCUAAAUCAAUGAAUUUUGAAAAUUAUUCCAAAGGAAUUGAUAAUAUGAAAAUAAAUAAGCGAUUUUUGAGAAAUCAAAAUUUAUUGAAAUCAGAAUUGAAAAAUUUAGAUAGAAAUUUUGAUGAUAUUCAUUUGGAUGAUGAUAAAAAUUAUUCACGUUUAUCGAAAAUUAAUUCAAUUAAAACGUCGGAUUGUUUAUUUAAAAAUUUCAAAACUGAUGAUAUUUCAUUAUCAAAAAAAUGGAAAAGUCCAGCAUCAUUUAGACAUAGUUCAUUACCACGUUUGACAUCAUCAUCUAAUGAAAGUUUCAGUUCUAGUGAAACAAUUGCAGCAAGUUCAGAAUCAAUUGACAAUAUUUCCAAUGUUGGAGAACAAAUUAAAUAUCCCGGCAGUCCUAGAGUAAAAUUUCUUCAAUUAUUAAAUGAAAGACGACGAAUUGUGGAAAAUAGUCGAAGAGCAAACAAAAGUUGAAAAUCAAAUAAUUAAUAAUAUGUAUUUUGAUAUAUAUAAAUUGAAUCGCGAGACUGAAAAUGUGUAUUUUUGUAAUUUUUAUAGACACUGCUAAUGAUUAUUAUUUUGAGAGAUCGCAGUUUUCAUGGUUUUCCCUUUUUGUUUAGUUUAUCAGUUUUAAAUUGGAAGUGCUAUUGUAUAAUUUCAUUUUUAUUUUGAUUUUGACUGAAAUUAGUGACUUUGGGCAAAAAAUUAAAUUAAAAUUGAAUAUUAACUCUAGACAGUACUGGCUCAUACAUAGAAGUACAACUGGGGUAGAAAAAUACCCCAAUAAUUAUUGUUUUGUUAUUAGAAUGUUCAAAUUUAAAGCAAAAGUAACUUAAUUAUGUCAUUUUCUACGUUUUUUUUUAUAAGGAAGAAGAUAGCAUUUUUCUGUUUUUUGAUACAAUUAAAAAUAUGGUCAAAAAAUUACAAAAAACAAAAAAUUAGUAUAAAAGUAAAUAAUUACCGUUUUGGGGUCAAAAUUAAUAGUUCGAUAACUAAACUGAAUUAAGGUUAGGGUGCCGCCAUGACAGUUAAGCUUACAGAGCCAGGGCUGUAGUUUGAAUUAUCCCUGGGGUACUUUUGUACCCUACUUGUACUGUCUAGGAUUAAUGGCAAAUUAGUGAAAUAAAAUUGAAUAAAAAUGUCAUUACACUGAUUUUGAAUAACAAAUCAAACGGUGUUCGGUUUAGUUUUUUCUUUAUAUUAUAAAAAAAGGAGGAGUUAUAAAUUUUUAAGUUUAAUACUUUUAGGUGAAGACUAAACAGAAACUCAAUAGUUAUUCUCUUAAAAGAAAGUAAAAAUAAAUACUUAGAGAUGAUUUAUUAGCUACUAACAAUUGUAAUAAAAAUUUCUUUUUUAAGUUCUCGUAAUUUAUGUAAAUUUAAAAUUUCAUCGUCAAA